ACGGGCUUGAAUGGAAUCCUUUACCUGUAACUCCGGAGAAACUGUACACUGAAAGCUUUACACCAAGAUUUUAAUGCCUGUCGAACCCACAAUGGAGACAACUAGCAAUGCCACAAAAAUCCUAGGGAAGGGUCCUGAAUACCUUCGCAAACAGAUGGAUUUGGAGAGUGAGACAAAAGGACGCAAGAGUGCUGUGGAGAGGCUCGCUGCAAGCAAACCGAACUACGUCAAAAGCCAACAGGUGGUUAACUCAACUCAGGACCCAGUGAUUAGUCUUGGAUCUACCUCUGUGAGUAGCACCGGGUCUUCUAACCAAAGCUCAAAGCAUGGUGGGAAUCUUCGUACAGAGAGUGAUUCAGCAGAGAAUAUGGUUACUGUGCAAAUCUCUUCAGUGGGGCAGGUACGUCAAUCCAGCUCCAAAAACCGACCAGACUCUCUUCUACUUCACAGACAGAAAUGUGAGUUACUGAGAGGGUCAGCAAAUGACAGGAAACACUAUAUAACCCGUAAGAUGUUGCUCAACUCUGUGAAUAAAAAUGCCCCAUUACAUGAGGCCACGUAUAAGGAAUGUGACUCUAAGGGCAACGUGGAAAAAAUAUCCACACCUGAGGAAGCAGCAAAGGAACGCAGCUCACGUGUGGUUAUCUCUGAGCCGCAGUGCAAUGGAGUGACAGAAGAAUGGAGCAUCAAGAGCAGUGGCUCUGGGACAAAAAAUAAAGCUGUGGUUGCAAAAGCAUCUAAUUGUCUCCUGACAGUUCCUGAGGUUGAAAGACGGUCCGGCAAAGGAGUCAGUCGUUCUCACUCCGAUAUCAGCUCCAGAUACUCCAAAAACUUUGCUGAUUUUGAUGGGUUUUUCAAGUACUGCGGGCUGGAUGAUGAGGUCAUCGAGUCUAUGGGGAAAGAGAAUUUCUCGCCUCACUCAGAUGAAAUUGUCAUAAACAUUCGGAGUGUCAGUGUUUCCACAUCAGAUGAUGGCUUCUCCAAGAAUAGUAGUGACAGUGAUGGGCUCAUGGAGGAAGAGUUGCAUCAGAAGAUUGUUCAAAAAACCUCAGUUAUUGAGCGCAACGCACGGAUUAUCAAAUGGCUGUACAGCUGUAAAAAUGCCAGUGACACUGGAAAAAAGUUACGAGACCUUCAUUAACUCCUCACUGUCUUUUGGCCAAGUGAUGUUGAAUGCCAGAUGUGGAAGGAAGAUGGAGGUAGUUUCUUGUCUUUGGUCAUAAAAAAACACAUGUAUGCCGUAUGUGUGCCAUUUUCAGUUGACACCUCUGAGAUCAAAUGAUAAUUGACUGAUUUAUCUUGUCUGUUUACAUUUGCAUACAUUUGCCUGACUAUGUUCUCAAUUAUGCUGCAAGCAAAAGAAAUGUACAAAUACUGCAGUAAUUUUGGUUGUAGAUACAUUAUUUAUGAAGUGCUAUACUUUAAUUUUAUGCAACUAUAAACUGUAAUAUUUGUCAACAUAUUGUCACUGUUCUGCCCCUAGACUGAGCUGUCAUUAAUAACAUAUAACUCAGCUACAAAACAUUAGUGUAUUUAUUAUCCAUUAAAAUGUAAUUGCUUUACAUGAUCAUUUACAAAAGGUACUAUUUUUAAAAAGUGGUACCAUUACUUCAAGAUAAAAGGCUUACGGCUCGUGGCCUCAUGAUUCGUGCCAGAAACAUUAAAAGGAGUCUCACAUUGAUGCUCAUAAAUUCAGUUCCUCAGCAAAUACCUUUAGGCCACCCAAACAUGAAAGCAUCCCUAAAUCAGAAUUUGUGUAACCUGCCUUUUAAGUUUAUAAUCCAAUAAUGUGAACUCCCCAUUUCUGUCGGGGUGAAAGGUAUACAUUCCAUCACACACACACACACACACACACACACACACACACACACACACACACACACACACAAUGGAGACUUACUCUGACUCUACCCAUACCUACUGGCUCCCAAACCCAGACCGUAAUUUGCCCUAACCUUAAAAGACAUCUUUACCUUAAAAUUUAAUGAUUUACUUUAUAAAGAUUUGUUUCCUUGUCCCCAUAAAGAAAAAAACAAAAAGCACAUAACUGUGUAAACAAAUUUAGGUCAUCACAACGAGUAAUACCUGCCACCCCACAAACAUCCAUCGCUGUUACUGAUACGAAAGAAGAAACAAAAGGGUGUAGUGAUUUAAUAUAAUUUAAAUCCAAUGAGAUUAAAGAACUUUAAAGGAGAUGGUUAUUUUCCACCCAAACUAUUGCUUAGAUGUGUGUGAGUGGAAUGUGUUUAAUAAUCUGAUAGGCUUAUGUCCAGUGACCCGUUGUUGUUGUAUCUCCCUCCUGAGCUCCAUCUGCUUUGUCUCUUCUCUUUUUUGUCUUUUAGCCAAAUUUCUUGAUUCUUUGAAACGCAGUGGCUGUAA